AUGCACUCUACAACCUCAACGUCGGUACGUGAGGGCGACGAUAGGAAUGUUCAACUCUCACUUCAGCGAUUAAGAACAGAGAAUGAUACCUACCAAAGAAAUUUUGAUAAUUUAAAAAGAGAAUAUCUGGAUUUGUACAAUCAAAACAAUGAACAACACUUGAGAUGGAAAAAUCAAUUGGAAAAGAAAACUAAGGAAUUCGAGUCCUUACGAAAUCAAUUUGAUCGGGAUACUCAAGAGCUUCAACAAAUGAAAAUGAAAUUAAUGGAAGAAUUGGAGUUGAGACAUCGUCUGGAGAGGGAAAUCGAUGAGAAUGAUAAAUUUCGUGAAAUGUAUUCGGAUCUGAGAAGAGAAUACGAACUAACCAAGAAUGAAUUAACACAAAAACUCAAAAUGGCAGAGAAGAGAUUUGAUGAAAUGAAGGGUGACUAUGAAGAUCGUGUUCAAGAGCUCAUCAUGCAAUUAAACGAUCAGAACAUUCAGAUGAAAACAUCUAAGGAGAUUCUCCAAGUAAAACGCCUUGAAGAAGAAAAGGAAGAAAUGUCAAUAAGCAUCAAAAAACUACUUUCCGAACUACAUGAAGUAAGAGAAGAAAAAGCGCAAGCUGUUUCAUCCAGAGAACAAUCCAACCUCAUGAAUAAUCAGAAACAUGCCGAGUUGGUCUCCAAAGUUAGAACAGCAGAGACACAGCACGAAAGACUCCAAAAGAAAUGUGAAAGACUUCAAGCAGAACUUGAAGAAAUUACCAGAAGUAAUGACAAGAUGCACGAUCAAAUUUUAAAACUCGAAAAGGAAUUAACCACAACAAAGAGCAAAUUGGAUGAAACAGAAAAACAGUUUGCCUCAGAACGAACAUCCUACAAGGCCAAUCAACUUCAAAGAGAAAGAGAAUACGAGAGAGAUAGAAACAUUUGGGCAAAUAAGGUUUCUGAAUUGAACAAGAGGGUGGAAGAUCUCCAACAAGCCAAGCAAGAAUUGGUAACACAAUCCUACGAGAUUCACAUUAAGGAAAACGAGAGACUUCAUGAAGCACUUAGAAAGGAAACUGAAAAGUAUUUACAACUUGAAGUUGAAAAGAAUGAGUUAAAACAAGAUUUACUCUCAAAGGAAAAGAGAAGUCAACACGAUGUUCAAGAACUCACUAAUGAAAUUGCCAGACUGAGGAAAGAAUCUGAAAGCGUAAGAGCUGAAGCACAGGCAUUUAGAGAAGAACGAGACUAUCAACUCGAUAAGAAUAAUCACUUGUUAAAGGUCAUUGCCGAUAUUAAACUAGAUAUGGAUACGCUGAAACACAAACACACAGAUUCUAAUGUUAGGGUGGAAAAAUUAUUGAAAGAUCUGCUGGCUGCUAAAGAGAUUGCUAAAAGGUAUGCUGCCAAAGCAAAGAAAAUUAAGGAAGCCUAUCGAUCAAAGGUUUAUUCUGUCCAGAGACAAGUUGAAGAUUUGAAUGAACAAUUGCUACAAGCAGAGACAGGCAUGUCUUCCAUCCAACAAGCUUCCAUAACUGAGAAGCAACAAUUACAACGAAGAAUUUUCGAAUUGGAAAGAGAACGUGAUAGAUUUAAAAUUCUCUCAUCCCAACCACAGCAACACGAAUUGAUUCUGUAG